ACUCUUUGGAACCUCAGAGAGCGUCAAGACAAUGAGAUCGCCCAGGAGAUUCAGGAAGAACUGGUCCGACAGGCCGAGCAGCAGCUGAAGCAGGAAGAGAAGGAUGCGGCCAUAGCUCGUAAGCUGCAGGAGAAGGAGAUGAAAGAGGAAAGGAGGAGACAGAAGCAGAUGGAAUCAAACCUUGAGGAGGAGUACUUUGAGGAUCAUGGAGCUGCCAGACGACACCCUGACCCCGACAAACACCGGCGUCACAAAUCCAGUUCCCCAGGCCGACAUGAUGCUUAUGCUCCAGUGAGCUCACAUCGUGAUUACUCCCCUGAAUAUAGCUCAACGCAGCCCAAAAGGAGCAGGGACCCAAGACAGGACCCAGCGGCACCCCACAGCCGCUCCCGAUACCCCGAGCAUCCCCUAGUGGCCGAAGGAGGGCGGAGCAGGCACGCAGACCCUUACCCAGAGCACCUGCUGCCCUCUAAAGGCAAGCAUGGGGACAGGUACCCAGAGUAUGAGCCCACAGAAAAUGGAAGAGCCAGGGGAGAAGUGGGGGACGACACAGUGGUCAGGAGGAAGGAGAAACCGGGUAGACCACCUCCACCACAGAGCACCAUAGAGAGAGACAGAAAAAAAGACAGGCAGCAUGACCGAGACAGGGGCAGAGACCUGGACUUGGAGAGACACAUGGUGAAAGAUCAGAGGAGAGAGCAGGACCUCAGGGGGGCGAGAGCAGGAGGAAGAGAGGAUGAAAGACAGAGAGAGAGAGACAGGCCGAGACAGAAAGACAAAGACAGACAACGAGUAAGAACAAUGAGCAGGGAGAGAGGAUUCGAAGAGGAUCCGGGGCACAGCAGGGACCGGCCGAGGGAGGGCAAGGCGUCAUGGGAGGAGGAAGUGGAAGAGAGGGAGAGGAGGGCCGGGGUCCGGCUGCGUGUCCACUCCGGCCCCGAAGAUGUGUUUGAUGAUCUGGAGUUGGAGGGCGGGGGUCCUGGCAGUAAUUCUCGCUCCAACGGAGAGACAGGUACCGCCCUGAGCCCCCCUCCCCUUGGGCUCUGCGGGGGAGUUUGUGUGGUGUGCGGCUUCUUGCUUUCAGGUGGUGGGUUCAUCUAACUUUGCAAUCGCUAACAAAGACACUGAUUUCCUCCCUUCUCAUGCGGACCACCACAGUCACUUCUGAAGACUGAUGUGAUUCAAAUGAUGGUUUGAAAUGAUUUGUUGUCGUGCUGUGGGGUUUUUUCAUUCUUGUAACGUGUGCUGGGUUGUUGCCGUGAGCAAUGAAAUGAUUACACUGAUAUUUUGUGUGUUGUGAUUUUGUCGUAGAUUAGUUAAUUUAUUUUGAUGACCUCAAAUCUGGUUUUCUCAAAGGGUUUCAGGGCUGCUGAGCUGGUUGUAUUAUCCCAAAAAUGGUAAAAACAUUUAACCAAACACACUGACACCAGCAGAGACGCACUGCAGCCCUUUGCGGUGCCUCACCACUUCAAUACAGCUAUAAUUGAAUUACUCGAUCAGUCAGAAAAUUAUUUUCAUGAAUUGAAUAACUCAAUUUGUCAUUACUUAAAGGUGGGGUAGGUAAUUCACUUCAGAAACACUUUUUGUUAUAUUCCAUGGAAU